AUGAAGUCCGUGUUCCGCCGUCCGCUUUUUCCAACUUCUGCUUCGUUUCUUGCAACCUACACGAUACUUCGGAACAGGCCGACACUUUGUCCUUUCAGAUAUAGUGACGAUUAUUGUAUCCAGACCAAUAUUGGCACAAUUUGCUUUGGAAUAAUUUCUUUGCAAAACACUUAUUACCUUUUAUCUUUAUAUUUGCGUUUUCUUUCUUUCUUUCUUUCUUUUUCUUUCUUUCUUUUUCUUUCUUUCUUUCUUUCUCUGACUCUCUCCUCCUGUCUCUCUUUCUCUCCUCCUUUUCUAUUUCUCCCUCUCUCUCUCUCCUCUUUAUCUCUCUCCUUCUUUCUCCCCCUCUCUCUUUCUCUCUAUAUCUCUCUUUCUUUUCCGCAUCUCCCUUUCUCUGAAGGAAACAUUUAUGAUGUAAACUCUCUCUCUUUCUCUCUCUUUCUUUUUCUCUCUCUCUCUCUCUCUCUCUCUCUCUCUCUUUCUCUCUGUUUAUCUUACUAUAAAUUCAACGAUUCAUCACUCACGGCUGCUUCAUAUAUGGAUGUACGUGUACGCAAUUUGACUAUCUAUCUAUCUAUCUAUCUAUCUAUCUAUCUAUCUAUCUAUCUGUCUGUCUGUCUGUCCCAGUCUCACGCUCUCUCUCACACUUUAUCUCUGUAUCUGUCUACCUCAAUUUCUUCAUAUCUAUCUAAUUAUCUAUCAUACCUUAAUCAUAUCUAUCUAUUUAUCGAUAUUCCUACCUACCUGCUUAUCUAUCUCAGUUUGUUCAUAUCAGUCUGUCUGCUGACCGUAUCUAUCUAUCUAUCUAUCUAUCUAUCUCUCUAUCUCACUCUGUUCAAAUCUAUCUAUCUCAGUUUGUUCAUAUCAGUAUGUCAGUCUGACUGCAUCUAUCUAUCUAUCUAUCUAUCUAUCUAUCUAUCUAUCUAUAUCAGUCUGUUCAUUAUCUAUCUUCUACCUCAGUCCGUUCAUUAUAUAUCUAUGUAUCUCACUGUUCAUAUCUAUCUAUUUAUCUAUAUAUCAUACCCUAUUCACAUCUAUUUAUCUACCUACUUACCUCUCUAUCUCAGUUUGUUCAUGUCAGUAUGUCUGUCUGACUGCAUCUAUCUAUCUAUCUAUCUAUCUAUCUAUCUAUCUAUCUAUCUAUCUAUCUCAAUUUGUUCAUAUCUGUCUGUCUCUCUCUUUCUCCCUCUCUCCGUAUCUAUCUUUCUCACUCUGUUCAUAUCUAUCUAUCUAUCUAUCUAUCUAUCUAUCUAUCUAUCUCAAUUUGUUCAUAUCUGUCUGUCUCUCUCUUUCUCCCUCUCUCCGUAUCUAUCUUUCUCACUCUGUUCAUAUCUAUCUAUCUAUCUAUCUAUCUAUCUAUCUAUCUAUCUAUCUAUCUAUCUAUCUAUCCAUGUCAGCCUGUUCAUUAUCUAUUUCAGUCUUUUCGUUAUCUCUCUAUCUUUCUAUCUCACUUUGAUCAUAUCUAUCUCUCUGACAGAUAGAAAUAUUGACUGA